CACAGUGUGACGCGCAGGGCUGAACAUGGUGGAUAUCAAGCUGACGGUGUCGGUGGCGGCUGCGCUACUGGUCGGCGCCGUUGUCGGAGGGCUGGUGGGACACUUCGCGGUCCCUAGCAGCGACCCGAACGUGCCGAAAGCGGUGCCGGCCGAUGCGCAGUGCAUUCUGCAAGGCGCCGUGGCCAACAGCAACGUCAGAGGCACGAUAAGCUUCAGGAGGGGCGGCGGCACCAUCACAGUCACCGGCACUGUCACAGGACUGAGUCCGGGCAAGCACGGCUUCCACGUGCACCAGGCGGGCAGCACGGCCAACGGCUGCAAGGCGGCCAAGGGACACUUCAACCCGCUCGGCAAAGCCCACGGCGCCCCGUCGUCGGCAGAACGUCACGUGGGUGACCUCGGCAACAUCGUGGCCGACGCCAACCAGUUGGCCAACAUCAACAUCAAGGACAGCGUCAUACGGUUUGCCGGCGACGGCAACAUCCUGGGUCGGGCGAUCGUGAUCCACGCCGGCGAGGACGACCUCGGUCUGGGAGGUCAGAGUGACAGCAAGACGACCGGCCACGCCGGGGCCCGGCUCGCGUGCUGCAUCAUCGGCGCCGUCAACUGAGCUGUGACGUCAGCGGGACGACGUGGCCGCGAGCGUGACGUCGUAGGAGCUGUGGACGGAGAGCGUUCCCCGCGGUCUCAGCGGCGGCUGGCGUGUUGUCAUGACAACCGCGUGCUGACCGUUCGACGUUCUUCCUGGUCGACGAUGGUCUUUUCCAAAGUGAGGACAAAGUGCGUGCGACUUCGGUACUUCAGCCGAAGGCGUGACGUCAUUGGUUCCGGUCAGAGAGUGAUGUUGAUAUGUCCUUGAACUCGGAGUGUGGAUACCGCUGCCCGAGUUUGUGCCUUGCUUAGGGCCGUCAGCUGAAUGUGUGAGUUCUCGAGUGUCCCCAGCUGGGCUGUGGCCCGUACGGAGGCGGCACAACCGAUGGAGGCGACUGAAGAGCCCGGACUUGGUGGGAAUGUCUUGGUCUGCGAAUCUCUCGUCAUUUUCUGACAGGAAUUUUGGGCAAAGGCAGCUGCGACAAACUCUGGCUGCGAUUUACACAUGAGGAGAGAUUUACGUCAACUACAUUCCUUUCGUUAUUCAACACAGUGACAUGUCAUUUGCUAAAGUUCGCGAUGCCUGCGAAGUUGGCAAUUGCACGUUGGGAAUUGCACCAGAAAGCUAAAUGAGUUUCGUCAGCAAGGAUAGGGUAUAAUCCCAGGACGUCAGUUGCUGUCGAGCGCCUGGUGCACUGGUCACGGGCCCGAGACAUGCUUUACGACAGGGCAGUUCCAGAGGGUGUGAAUAGUAAUCCCCGCGGAAGGUACAUUCCGUCCAAUUUUCAAGCUGAGGUUGUACCGCUAGCACUACGCUGUUGCAUUCGCAGAGUCUGCUGUCAGCGCCGUAAUUCGCGCAUGAGGUGUUCAGAUACGUUCAGACAAUUGUUGACACACUUUUCAGACGUUUGAGUGACUGCCCUGGGCCUGUAUGUUCAAAUUUUGGUGGCUUUGUCGAAGGAUUGAAGGGUGCAGGUCACGAAACAACUGGUUACGCACUCGUUACUAAAAAAUAACUUCUUUUGUAUUGAGAUAGCCUCUGGAAUGAUUGGCAGGCUGCUGCCUUGUUAAACAGCAUUGCUGACGCAUAUAUUCGACAUAGGCCAUUGAAACCCAAUUUAAGAGGUCAUGGGAAAAAUUGUAUGACAUCGUGGCGAAACACCCUAAAACAGAACACCGCCUUCCACGAUGCUACCUCAGUUCCAAUGCAAAGCCGCCUGCACUUUUCAAAAUUCUUAAUUCCGUGAUACCAUUUAUCAUCUCGGUGGAAUGUGCCACUUUCGUGAGCCUGCUUCCAACGCCGCGCAGGGAAAGGAACAGUUUCGAAGCAUUGACAGGAAAUAUUUUGUAAGCUAGAGCAUACCUACUGUCGGUGAAAAUGAUGUGACAAACCGAGAUGCACAUUGAAAAGUGUAUGCUUUGUCAAGAUUUUAUGACCGAACAGGCUCCUUUUCAAGGUUUACACACAUGCAUGAGUAUUAGGAAGUGCGCGUAAGAUUGUAUCGCACCUGAUGUCCUAGAGAAAGCGUGCAUAACACUCACUGCCUGGUUAGAAGUCGAGGUAUAUUUCACAAUGCAAUUGGUAAUCAUUUACAUUUUCUUUAGUGUUUUGGGUUUUUCGAUGGUGCUCAGAACGCUAUGUGCUUUUAAUGUUCACAAACAACAUUCCGUAUUAAUUUGUAUAUGGUUAAAUAUAUCAAAUUGUAUAUGGAAAAGCUAUGUCUGUGAAUAUUGUAAUUGUGCACAAAGUUUCGAAUACAUAUGCGUAUUUUC